AUGCGGGUUUCAAAGCCCAGCGUUUGCGACCUCUUCAACGCGGAUAAUAGUCAGUCAAAUACAACGAUGGAAGCGGACAUGCAGCGAAGCCUGGAACUUUUGGCCCCCGGCCGCCCAAACGUUGAAGUGACAAUUAGCCCAGAGCAGUCCGUGACCGUGUGUCAAGCGGAUCUAUCUGACGACUACAACCAAUCCGUAGUAAGAGUUUAAUUAACUUGCCUCACACCAGUAAACAAAUUCACGUAGCUGGGGAGUGAAAUUCCAAAAAAAAAUGAAGAUCGAAAACCAAAUUACAAACCGAAGCUCCACUGCAGGUCAGGUCUUCGGCAGGUUGUCUGGGGUAUCCUACAGUGGGUAGGUUAACUCAAGAAAUCUCAACAGGAAUUCCGAAACGCGUUUUCGUUUCGAAAAGAUUAAUUAAGUAGGGUUGUAAAACCAAUCAUCAUGCAGCAUAAUUCUAUAAAAAUUCACUUAGCCCAGGACGCCGGCUUUUGAACAAACAUUCCUCCGCCUGCAUCCAGAAACCAUACUCCGUAAAAAUGACUGCUUAAGUAGCAUGCAUUUUUUCAUUGAUUUUCGAUGCCCUUCAAGAUUCAAUUAUAUUUCAUGGAGGACAUGCACAAAAAUACUCAUUCUUUUGCUCAUUCGGUAGAAAAUUACUUCUUCUUACAAGUUUAUACUCAAGGGCAGGUUAUAAUUUGGUUUAAAAAAGUUUCCUAUUGUGAGAUUUUUUAAAUAUCGUGUAAUGGCCGUUCAAAAGACGUUAUGUCUCUGCAUUUACCAAUGUGGCUUGUAAAGGUAACAAUGUGGCUCAAAUCCAUCGCUUCAUUUUAUGAACCCCAUAUGGUCUCCUCUUAAUACCGUAGAUAAAUGUAUGGCUUUCCGUACGCAGAAAACAUAUGGCUUGUAGUUUGGAGACCCUGAAUGCAAGUGUGACGGCAGGUCGGGUUCAAAAUUAUUCGGGAAUUUGAAAAGUUUUAUAAAACCAAAUUAUACCCUACCUUCGAGUAUAAAAUUAAAAGAAGACGUAAUUUUCUACUGAAUCAGCAAGAGAAUGAAUACCUCUAUGCAUGUUUUCUAUGAAAGAGGCUUGUACGAAAGCCGGCAUCCUGGGGUAACUGAAGUAUUAUGGAAUUAUGCUGUACGAUAAUUAGUUUGACAACCCUACUUAAUUUAUCUUUUCGAAACGAAAACGCAUUUCGGAAUUUCUGUUGAGAUUUCGUGAGUUAGCCCACUUACUGUAUAUACACAGUACUGCGUAAGUGCAUAGCUGUUGUCCCGUAAGGGACGAAUAUAUGGACAAUUUAUGAAAACAGAGAAAGAAAGCUAGACUACUUUCACCCCAGCCGCCUCCGAAAAACGCUAAAGAUGAGGUGGCGGAAAAAGGAGCCUAUCCAUGGAGAUUCUGGGAGGAACUAGGGAUUUGCCGAGGCAGAGAUAACUGCGUUGGAGCGACUACGUAGUAAGGGUGAAUGGCAAGCGCCUGUCUGAAGCAUCAUUGCGUCGCUGUGGGUGCACGCAGACGUGGAGUACCCUGUAAAUCAGUCUUGCGACGCUUUGAGGCCUCGCACAUUAUCUACCGAUGUGGAGCACUGCUGGCACGAUUAAUGACGGUAUCUUCGAAUUCAACGGAAGAACGGCUGCUAGGGCGACAUGAGAAAAUCGCGGAGCUCAAGUGCUGCGGAUCAAUCACGCGAGCACUGAACUGCUACCAUUGCCAGUGAACAUUCAGGGCAUGGAGUGGUGUGUUAGAUCUUUUCGAAUUCAGUGCAGUGUCCACACGAUCACCGUGUCCCACACCUCGCAAAACACUGCAACCAGCGCCAGUAAGAACAUUCUUGCUAUUCGGUUCGCCAUCAUUGCCACAGCUCUUUUCACUAGUAACGUGUAUUAAUUCCCAAUCUAUUCUCAUCCCGAUCGCACCCUGCAGUGACGCACCGGCCUGCACUGACGACCUCACAGUUCGACCGUCGUUGCCGACGAUGUCCACCGUGUGCUUCACAGCAAGGGGAAGCAGGCACGGUGACCUGUGCGUGAAUUAGUUUAUAGUGAGUGUAGACUUGCGCUGCAUCUACAGCACUCUCUCCUCCCUCACCUGGACUUGGUGUCAAGACAUAAUCCGGAAGACGGGGGACGUGAGAGGGUGCAGGUGGCUGGCACGGCCGGAUCCGCACUUAGGCGGACCACCACACCCCUGGUCCACAACAUACACUUGACCAGUAUUUUUCACCAACAACAACACCCCGACAGGGGUCAGAAGGAUGAUGAUGCUGAUGACGACGACGACGGCGGCGGCGAUGAUGAUGAUGAUGAUGAUGAUGAUGAUGAUGAUGAUGAUGAUGAUGAUGAUGAUGAUGAUGAUGAUGAUGAUGAUGAUGAUGGCUGGGCAACCAUGCCCAGCGGAAGCGCAAGCUCAUCUACCUACUUGGGGCCAGGUGUCAGGGAACUGCCAGCGCAUACUAGGCCGAAAACUUCACGGUUUGCUGAUACAGGAAUAGCACAUGCUUUAAAACCAUUUGACUUCUGA